CCUAGAGUACUAGAGCCGGGCUUUGAGAAUGGGCACGGCCUGGAAAAGGUGUCUGUGGCCAGACCCCGGGGCUUCUUAGAGUCAUUGAAGUUCUCCAACAAGCACAUGAUGUUUGGGGAUUGGCUCCAGGAAGAUGCAGCUGCCUGUGGGGGCAGGAGGCCUGUAAGCCAUGGACAUCUCUUGCUUGAUGGGGCUUGGGUCUUAAAGAACUGGGCCCAUUUCAGCAUUGCGGAAGAACGGACAGGGAGAAUAAAAAUAAUAAGAGGUAGGAGCCGGCAUUUAUUAGCCCUUCUUCUGUGCUAGGCCUCGGACUGAGAAGAACUUAACACAUGAGGGGCAGGCACUCUCGUGAGCCCCAUUUUCUAGAAGGGGAAAUGGAGGCUCAGAGAAGGCCGAUGACCUGCCUAAGAUCAUGCAGCAAGCUCAGGUGGCUUUCCUCCAGGGAGAAAGGAAAGGGCAAGAGAAUCUCAAGACAGACCUGGUGCGGCGGAUCAAGAUGUUGGAAUAUGCGCUGAAGCAGGAAAGGGCCAAAUACCAUAAAUUGAAGUUUGGGACGGACCUGAACCCAGGGGAGAAGAAAUCAGAACCAGCAGAACAAGUCUCCAAUGGCCCUGUGGAGUCGGUCACCCUGGAGAACAGCCCGCUGGUGUGGAAGGAGGGGCGGCAGCUUCUCCGGCAGUGAGUG